AUGUAUUUUAAAGAUUCCUUCAAAAUGAGGAGUUUUUCCGUCAAAACCCUUAAAAAGUUGCCUUAUCAAAUGGCAACACUGUACUUUAUAUUGUUUAUCAUCUCAAUUAUCGCUUCAGUUAUUACUGUAAACUGUGGAGAUGAAGUGUUUAAAAGAUAUACAUCAUGUCAUGGGAAUAAGGUGUAUAAUAUAAAUUGGAUAGGAGGAGUGGUGUUUCUUCAAAUAUUACUUUGCUUCGUUUCAGUUGAGCCUGAUCAGACAAAUACUACACCGAAAAAUCAAACAGUAUUAGAGUUGUCAGAACCAGAUCCUGACCGUUUAGUGAAUUUUAAUAUAAAUGAAACACUAUCAGUUUACUCGAGAGGAAAUUCCAACUCAGACUACAAAGUGAUUAUCGGAAAUACAACACCAAAUAAACGCAAUAAACAUAAAAAAACUAAAAAUCCCAAUACACUAAAACAAAGUUUAAAGAAUGCGAGUACAUUUUUAAAUUUAUCGGAAAGUUUGUUGUCGUAUAAACUUGUGAAGGCUGGAGAGGAGAUUCGGAAACGAGUGAGAAUCUGUUGGAGUUCAAUUUGGAUGGUAUCAUACAACUUUGUGAUAUUUAUGGGUGUUCACGGCUCAGUUUUGGCCUCUAGGAUCCAUGCAAAUAUUAGUUUAAACAGAUACGCACUUGAGACUUGUCCUCAUCUGGAAUAUUUCCCCUUCAACUUAAGCUCACCCACACUUAAGGAACCAAUACUGAGCGAGUCUGUUCUGCUGGUGACUUAUAUUUCAUUCACAAUUCAUGAAAUUGUGAUUCGGAAAACUGAAAACUGUUACUUGGUUAAGAACUUUUUUGGGAAACAUUACUUCAAGGAAUCGCUAAUUCUUGGCUCUGCAAGACUUAUUAUUCAGGUCAUAUUAUUCUCCUUAAACAUUGGCAUAAUUGUCUUGUGUAUUUUAACUGGCUUCGGUUCACCUUUUCACGUUCUAGUUGGAUUCUCCAUAUCAAUGCUUUCGCUAUGGAUUAAUUCACUGUUGUCACAGUUACUAGAUCUCACACAUUACGGUGAAAUGAAGGCACCAACACUUGAUUAUAGUUACAUUUGGUCUAUUUUAAGUGCGUUUGUUCUUUGGUUUUGCGGAUUCUUUUAUUAUGUUUCCGUAUACGGAUUUCCUUAUAAACGACCUUAUGUCUAUCUUAACCCUAUCUCCUGGAUUCUAUUAAUAUCACUCACUCAUUUCAAACGACAUGAAAUCUUCAAUUCAUCACAAUAUCUACAAGGAUUCGUUCCAACUUUUACUUAA